GCCAAACAGAGAGAGAGAAGGAAGAAGAGAAAGAAAAAGCACGAGAGGAAGGGAGAUGGGUAUAACUUUGGGAAACCCAGGAAGAGGCAGCACUGCACAGUUGUUUACUUUAAGCUUCUAUUUUUUGGCGAAUUUUCUAAAAGUCUUCAACAAGAAGACAAGAAAGCAUUUUUGUGCUUGAUGUCCUGAGUAAAUAGUUAUUUUCCUUUUUUUUCCAUCUGGAGAGAUUACUUGUUUGAUUAAUCCGAUCACCAGUAAAAAAAAAUAAAAACCCAAAAAUCAGAAAAUUUCUCCAAACGUAUCUGUCAUUGAGGCUCGUAUCGGAGCUUUAAACUGGACUGGAACCCCACGUGUAGCCACAUUCCAACACCUGUUGCAAAGGAUUUCCCUGGAGCGGUGUCAUGGACUCCUGUUGCUCUGUUGCCUGAGGGAAUCUGCAUGUCUGUUAUCUACUGACCGGCCUUCAGUGAGUGUUAAAGUUGAAGUGUACCUGCCUGUUAAGGGUAGAAGCGGAAGAUGUCAUCCUAUUACCCUCGCACCAAAGACCUGACCCGCACCAGGAAGUCAGUGACAGAUUCACCGCCGUCUUCUCCAUCCUAUACAGACAAAAACUACAGACAUGAAAGACUGUCGAGAUACGAUUCCACUGGAGAAAGUGCCACAGACAAACCUAUGGGGCGCACCAGUUCUUACACGAGGAGAGAGACGAGGCUGGCGGCUCUGAAUAAACAAGAGCAAGACUCCGCUGCCAAAGACUAUAAGAAGAUGUACACAGAAGCUUUGCAAGAAAAUGAAAGGCUCAAGUCCAGACUUCAGGACAGCAAACAAGAGUUGGUGAAGAUUCGCUCCCAACUGGAGAAAGUUGCUCAGAGGCAGGACAGAAUGACAGAGCGAUCCACCGUUCUUGAAACGGAGAAAAGGGAAAAACAAGCACUUGACAAAAGAGUCACAGACAUGGAGGAGGAAAUAAAGGUCUUAACCGAACUCAAGUCAGACAACCAGAGGCUAAAGGAUGAGAACGGAGCUCUCAUUCGAGUAAUCAGCAAACUGUCAAAGUGAAAAGAUGUCUGAACCUUUUGUUCUCAUCCUCCAACCUUGAUUCAGAAGUUUAAUUAUUCACAAGGUUCCAUGUUUUACCUCUAUGAGUUAUUGAUAGGCCAUCUUUGAAGCUCUUAUAGGCAUAGAUCUUGAGCAGUCACUUCAGUUUUCUCACCUUGUAAUUAUUUUAUUAUAUUACAUAGUAUAUAUUAUUUAUAGUAUAUAGUACUUUUCACAUCCACAAACAAGAGAACACGUGUACUACUGUAGUAUUUGGACUGCAGUGUCUGAAAACAUAGAAAUACCUUUGAAGUUUUCCCAUACUGUGUGAUAUCACACUGAUGCUUCAUUUUUGUUUAUACUCUUUGCAGCACAUGGUUUUAAUAAUGCUUAACUAGUCUAUAAGAUUUGAUCAUUUUACUGGAACAUACCAAUGGACUUGAGAAUACAUUCUUUCUAUUUUCUCCCCGAUUGUGUGUUUUUUUCUCAAAAAUAAGAGUGAUGCCUGAAAGAUGAAACUUUGUGGUUAGGUUCUGGUUGAUAUUUUUUGAUGCAUCAUCCAGAUGAAGGUCAGUUCAGUGGCCUACAAAUGUUUAAUUUACAUUUAUAUCUUCGUCAAAAAAAAAUCUUACGAGUCACAAAAUAUUUUGCUUUCACCAGAAUACACAAACACUCCUGAAUCAGUUAUGCUUAUUACAAUCCAUAUAAAAUAUUGAAAAACUAAAGACUAGGGAGGUAUUUCUGUAAAUAAAGAAGAAAGACUGAAUUAAAUAUAUUUAUUAAUAAAAAUAUAUAUAUAUUAUUUGUACUCUGUGUUCACAUUUUAUGCUUUGAAGGAGCACCUUUUUGUUUGGAUUGGGCUGCAGGGUUGAUGUGAUGGCUGUCCUUGUUUGAAAUAAUAAAAAAUGAAUUUUAAAACCAUGACAUUCAAAAACCAAAAUCAAACCCAUUGCCCAAUAAAAUCUUUCUGAAUUGCCAAAGCAACUGUUUAAUUUUUUAAGCUGAAGCUUUUUUUAUUUUUUAUCAGAAUUGUCACAUCUUUAACUGUAAGUUACCAGAUUGUCUAUAGCAGGGGUUUCAAGUUUGCAAGAGAAAUUCACAACAUUUAUACUAAAUUGGACUGCUCUGUAACCGACCUUCACGGGAAAUAAAAACCUUGCAAAGCUAUUUGCUUGUGUAAUAUCUCUGAAGGCCAUAUUGACUGAAGUUGUUUUAUUAAAAGUUUACGCACACA